AUGCGCUUUGUGAUCUUCUUCUCUGCCUCCGGCCUGGAGACUCACCUGCGCAGGUCACAUCACAGCAGGGUUAGCCUCCCGUUGGCUGCCUACGCCAAGGUCAAUGAGCAGCCCUUCAGCUUCCGGCCAGAGCUUGGCCUGCACUGCAGGGUCAAGGAGCGAAGCUUUAGCUGUAAGGAGUGCGGCAAGGUGUUCAAGCGCUCCUCCACCCUCUCCACCCACCUGCUGAUCCACUCAGACACGCGGCCCUACCCUUGUCAGUACUGCGGCAAGAGGUUCCACCAGAAGUCCGACAUGAAGAAACACACCUUCAUUCACACAGGUGAGAAGCCGCACGUGUGCCAGGUGUGCGGCAAGGCCUUCAGCCAGAGCUCCAACCUCAUCACUCACAGCCGCAAGCACAGCGGCUACCAGCCCUUCUCCUGCGGCCGCUGCCACCACGGCUUCCAGCGCAAGGUGGACCUGCGGCGCCACCAGGAGCUGCACUGCGGAUACGGCAGCGUGUUAACCCAGAGCUGA